CGGGACUCUACGGAGCAGGAGCUCGUACGGGGCACGUGCGGGGUACUCGUACAUGCUCGUACAUGUAAGCUUUUUCUCGACGAGGGGUUGAAUGAAGCUCCGAGAGAAUUUAUAUUCAAUCCUGACCAGCACAACAUGGCUGACACGUUAAAUCGUCGUAUGGUAAGUAUUUACUUGAUCCAAACUUUUACAAUUGCUAAUUUUAUGCGCAGCUUUCGAAGGAGGACGAGGCGAAAGCAGCUGGCGACGAGGUUGAAGUACGAAGAGAAGACCAAGACAAGAUCAACAAAUUCAGUCGCCUUCAUCAACGCGAAAUUGCGAUCGAGGAGGAGCUGAAGGCAAAGCAUGUGCGUUCGGCUAUAGAAUCUGCAUAAACUAGGGCAAACUAAUGGCGAUUCCUGCAGAAAGAGAAGGAGGACCUCGACGAUGUUUCCAACGAAUUAGAACUGGCAGACGAGGACAAGAAGAUCCCGUAUGCAACCCGACUGGUCUCACGAUAACGAGCCCCUAGCUGACCCAGCAAAUAGCUAUAAAAUAGGUGAUGGUUUUGUUCACCUGCCUCUGGAAGAGGUCCAAGAAAUGCUUUCCACCUCUACAUCACGAAUCGAGGAAGAAGUUGCUGUUUUGGAGGAGAAAUUGAGCGAAAUUAGGGAAGAGCAGACGGCGUUGAAGGUCGAUCUAUAUGCGCGGUUCGGACGGAGUAUCAACCUGGAGACAUAGAAAAAUACAGCCAUACCCAAGAUCCCCAUUUAUUGGCACAACAAAACAUCAAAGAUGUGAUGUGGUUGGGGCGAGACGUUGGUCAGACAGAGUUUUCCUCAUGAGAUCUAUCUGCUUGGUCCAUCGAGCUAUGGAGAGCCAUCCCUUCGGAAACUCCAUGUUGGACAGCCUUGAUUUGGGAUGGGGAUGACAUAUUGUCUGGGCAUUUUCGCUUCGUUGGCAUACCAAGAAAGAGCCGCAUAUAUUAUACCGUCCACGGAUAAGAAGGGGUCCGUGCUAUUUCUCGAGUAUCCGCUACUUUGACGAGUUCGUGAGGAGCUUUUCCACCGUUUGGGCAAAUGCAAUAGGCUUGAUUUCCAUGAAAGAGAAGAUUAGGUCGCUCGACCAUCGGAAAACCGAAUGCCAAUCAGUCAGUCCACCCGCGUUUUAUACCAGCCUGCAUAUGUCAUUGCAAAAGUAACUUCUUAUAUACGAUUUGAAAUAUUUCAUGGCCCAUUCAAUCAA